AUGAAACGCAAGGGUGGUGUCUGCGGCGUCAUUCGCGGCGUUGGGUUGCAAAAGGCUGGGGCAAUCGUAUGCGCUGUCUGCAUGUAUUGCGUUGGUGGACCUGUAGGCCUGAGCCUUCUUCUGGCCACUCCACUGGCUGUCAGUGAGCACACUUUCUCCCCAGGAUCGUUGUCUUGGGAGGUAGUCUGCUCUGCGAAAGUUGUCCUUACUCAUGAAUUAAUUUUUGGAGAAGAACGUGCUGCAAAACGCACAGAAAUAAAAAUGGUUGGCAGCUGUCAGGACUUUUCAAUUUCGGAGGAGCAGGCGGCAGAUGAGGGUGAUCAUCAAAUCCGUGGCGAUGCAGUAGAUCAGGACACUAAUUCGGGUGAGCACAUGUAA